CGAAGCUCGGGGCACGAUGUUUCCUUGGAUUACAGAAACCGACUGGAUGCGAGAAACACGAGGUCUCUCCUUUGCCGCGUUCGUCGGCUACCGGCAAAGAUAACUCGUGUCAUUAAAUAUGGCCCUCGUCAUUUGCAUCCGUCGUCGCUGCUGGGAUUACACGUUGUGGAUCAAGAUUGGAAAAAAACAAGCACAAGUUCCAUCGUAAAUACCGUGCGUCGCCGACUCUCCGGACGGAUACUCGGCGUGUAGAUCGUGCAAAUAAAAUCGUCGAGAUAAAGGGACAAAUUUCCAAAUUUUUAAAAAUAUUCUAACGAGACAAAGAAUGCGAAUUCAAAUUACGAUCAGUUUUCAUAGACAUCUUUGAAGGUAGCUGCGAAUGGCACUCGAAGCCACAAUCAGUUUCAAGUUUCGACGAUCCCACGAUAGAGGUUAAAGAUUAAUCAGACGUUUCUAAAAUGGCCAGACCUGGGAAGAAAGAAUUGGUAGCUCUUCAAGCCGAGAUAGAGACAGAGGAAGACUGGGCCCAAUUGCUGGCACGAGAAGGUUUGAUUUUAGCUGACGUCUAUUCCGAAUGGUGCGGUCCUUGUAUCGCUAUGGUCAGCACCUUACGAAACGUGAAAUUGGAGUUCGGUGGUGACGCGAUCAGCUACGCGAUCGUGAAAAACGAUAAUAUCGCCGAUCUCGAGAGAUUCCGUGGCAACAGCGAGCCCGUCUGGAUGUUCAUUCAGAAUGGUCAAAUGGUUCACCUAAUGUUCGGCGCGCACUGUCCGAAAUUGAAGAAACUAUUGAUCCAGGAAAUUCGAAGAGCCCAACAGAACGAGGAACCGGAAAUGAGGCUGCAUCCGAGCACUCGUACCCCCGAAGAAGAGACGCAAUGGCAGGAAAAAGAAGCAAUCAGAAAAGCGAUCGAGCAGCGUCGACUCGCCAAAGAAGAAGCAGAGAGGCAAGAGAAGUACGAGGCGUUUCUGGCACAAAUGAUGUUCGAAAUGUCGGAAGAGACGGCUCUGGUUUUCUAUCCGUGGGUCUUCAGGGACGAGGAGGGUAGACGCCGAGACAAAUACCAAAGCCCCCCGUACACCGAACUGAUAAACGUUCUGUUCAAACAGAACUACGACGUGCUUGAAGAGCAACGAAUACGUCUCACCGAAGAGAUGAUCGAAAAGAUGUUUGUCGAGAGCAACGUCGAAAUUACGAAAGAACUGAUCGCAGGUUUAACGGACGGUGUAACCGUGGCGAUGAGAUUGAAAGGUAGACGACCUCAUCCGGAUUGGCCCGUACCUUAUCCCUUCGAGUGUCCUAAAGGAACGAAAAGAUGUCCAACGAGAGCGAUCAACGAUGUCGAGGAGUAUCUCAUUCAUUUAUUGACCAGUAAAACUCCGUUGUUGAUCGGCGAAGUUCAUCCACCGCAAUACGAUAGUUCGUACAUGAACAGAUACGUGUAUGUUCACGAACCCGAUCCCGAGGACGAGGAGGAUUUUCCUAGAGUGGACCCUGUGGUUUGGGUGCCUCCUCAAGCCAGAAGCAAAGUGCACGUUUACACGACCCUGUUCUCCGGCUACAUGGAGAUGGUGCACCCUUACGACGAACCAGUCCCUCCGCCUCCUUUCUGCGCUUUCAAAUUUCCUUUUCAACAAUUCGAAGUUCUCCGCGACGCUUGUGCUUUCUUCCCGGAUGCGGUUGAAUAUUUCGGUGCGUUCGAGUUCGACAGACCGCACGUCGCUAGACGAAUCGCUUCUUGCCCGGAGGACUUCGAGAAAAAGAUGAAGUACCAAACGGGAGGCGAGAUCUUCGUGGUGAUUCUUCGAAGGAUGAGCGAAGAGGUUUUCUUGACGUUCGCUAGUAUCCAGCCUUAUUGCGUUGUCGAAGACGACGAGCAAGCUCAGGCAAUGAUAGACGAGUAUUUCCCUGAGGGGGUAGAGGAUAUGGUGCUAGAAGAAUCGAGCGAAGAAGAGGAAUCCUACGAAGCAGAAGCGGAAAUGGAGGAGGAAGAAGAGGAUGAAGAGGAUUUGCAGGAGCAGACGGAAACUGUAGACCCAUUCACGAUGUAUAGUUAUGUCUAAAGUAUGCAUUAUUAAAUUUAGUUGCCUUUACACGAGAACAAUUCAAUUCCGAAUAAUUGAAAACUCGAGGAUUCCAUUCUUCGCGCGUUUUGGCAAAGCCGAAUCGUACUUGAAUAUUCGCUUAUGUUGGCAACGCGUUUGCGUAACUUUGGCAAAAUUCCAUCGGAGCGUAAAGGUUGUAUUACGCACCUGCGCCCCCCGCUGCCAAAUCCUUAUCCUCGCGAUCGGCCAAAGAGAAACCGAUAUUUGCCAAGUGCAGAUCGAAACAAAGUCUUUCGUUCUUGUGAACGAAGAAAAGUUUCGAGGAACGAUUCGUUUCGCAUGGAAACGCGAAUGCGAGAAGGGUUUUAGCGGGAAAGUCAGCCACGAUCAAAGCGAACGAAUUGAAUCGCGUUGAUCGAAUUAACGAGGCAAUUUGUCACGCGACCGAUGCGAUGCGAGAAAUUCACGCGGCAACGACACGCGAGAGGAUGCCUGCUCUUCCUCUUCGUACGAUACACUCCGGCGGAGAGUAAAUUUCACCAAGCGAUCCGAACAAUUGAACCAUUAACCGCGGAGACGUUAGUCAGCCGGCCAGUAAAUCUUUCAGCCGACUCGCUCGUUUUCAUCUGUAUUUUUGGCACGCUCCGAGACUCUUCGGCUAUACAACACUUGGAAAAGAAACAUGCCGAUUUCGUACGGCUGUUGAAACUGAACAAAAUCAGCUUAUCUUUUCCCUGAUACAUUCACCCGCAGAAUCUUUGCAUUCUUAUAUAGAAAA